AGCGUGGUUUUCAGUUUGCAAGAUGUCGAGUCGUUACUCAAGACCGCCUAACAGUUCACUUUACGUGAGAAAUUUACACCAUGAUACGAGACCCGAAGACCUUCGACGUAUGUUUGGGAAGUAUGGCCGCAUCACCGACGUGUACAUUCCUCUAGAUUACUACACGAGGGAGUCUCGAGGCUUUGCCUAUGUUCAAUUUGAAGAUAUCCGUGAUGCAGAAGAUGCCCAUUACUACUUGGACAGAGUUGUUUUGCUGGGAAGAGAACUGGAAGUUCAGUUUGCAGAAGGAGACAGAAAGACCCCACAACAGAUGCGGGGCAAAGAAAAAAGGGAAACCUAUGGUGGUGGCAGUUACAGUAGCAGGAGAGACUAUCAGGAUGAUUCUUACAGUCGUCGCUCCCGCAGUCGUAGUCCAAGACGUCGUCGCCGCCGAUCUCACUCCAGAUCGAAAUCGCGUUCUCCCAAACGCCGUGAACGUAGCAGCCGAAGCGAAAGAAGCCGAGAUAGUCAUCGUGACAGUAAAAGAGAGAAAGAACGAGAGCGAUCACGAUCUCGCUCCAGAUCACGCUCACCAUCUCCCGCACGAUCAGCGGCCUCACGAUCACGGUCUGGCUCUCCAGCAGCAGAAUUCAGCGAUAAAGAAGAAGAACAGGGUGGACAAAGCCGCUCACCAAGUCCAAACUGAGUUGUCCUCAUAAUGUUCUAGUACUUAAAAAUACUUCUUACAGAAAAGGAAUUUGAUUCCAACAAAUGUUACAGCACUUUCUGGUUCAAUGAUGUGUUUUUUAAAUUUAGUUUGGCCUCUUAUUCGUUCCACAUCUCGUAGCACAGGCACGGGGCAGUAUUUACCGCACAUAAAGUGGGAAACAGUUGAAGAACUCGUUAAUUGAUAUUUGUGUUUAGUUUUCAACAUGCUGACGAGCACUAUUGAUCCAAAAUCGCAACUCUUCCUAGCUCAAAGAUUUCGCUUUGACGAAAGGCCUAUGUUAAUUUUUUCGAUUUUAGGCACCUAUAAACACAUCAAAAAUUCACGUUGAGGCGAGACAUAGCUUUCUAUCUUAACCUUCUAAACUUUUAUCGUUGCAUUGAGAAUUAAACCUUGUUUUGUUUUA